AUGUCGCUCGCUUUCGUGCAGACACAACCCAAGGGGAAAGCACAACCUCCCCCAAAUUCAAACACAAUACAGAAAAUGCUUGAUGAGAAUAUUCAUUUAAUCCAAGUGAUUGUUGAUUAUCAAAACAAGGGGCGAGCUUCAGAAUGUGCACAGUAUCAAGUGAUGUUACAUCGAAAUCUUGUCUAUUUGGCCACAGUUGCUGAUUCAAACCUCAAUGUCCAGGCCGUCCUUCCUGUGAAUCCAAAUCAAUCCAUGUCAGGAGGCCAGAAUCCAGGACCCCCUCAGACAAACAAUGCUCCAAUGAACCAGAUGCCCAGAACAGCAAACAUGCCUCCCAAUCAAAUGAACGCCCCGCCAGGAGGAGUUCCAAUGCCUCCUGGGGGUGGACAGAUGCCAAUGACGUCAUCUGGAAGUCAGACUGGAUACAAUGGACCCCAACAGUCAAUGUCCAGCUACCCAAGACCACAGAUAAAUCAACAGAUAAACCAAAUGCCACAAGGAAAAGGCCGUGCAGCCCCAGGCAUGAGUACCCCGAAUGCUAUGAACAACCAACCAGGCUAUGGGCCCCCGAUGUCUCAGCAGCAGCCGCAGGGUCCCCCUCCCCAGGGCCCCCCAGCGCCCCAAGGCUACCCUGUCCAGCAGCCCCCUAUGAUGUCCCAGCCAUCACAGGCUCCUCCGGGCAUGUCCCAGGGACAACAGAUGCCACCCCAGCAGUCCAUGAUGCAGCAGAGCCAAGCAAGCAGUGCAAACAUGAUGGGGGGACCCUCAGGCGGACCUCCACCAUCAAGCCAACCCAUGGGAUCCCGGGCCAUGCCUCCACCCAAUGCCUAUAGGAGAUCGCCGUCUCAGGGUAGGCUCAAUAUGCAAGGUCAACAGUAUAGCCAGCAACAGUCAUACAACCAGCAACAGUAUGGCUCCCAACCUCCAUACACUCAGAGUCAAGGCCAAGGCCAAGGCCAGCAAUCCUAUUCACAGCAGCCUGGGUACAGCCAAGCCCCAGGACCAGGACCUGGACCUAAUAUGCCACCCCAGACACAGUACAGCAACUAUCCUACUGGUGGACAGUCACAGAACAGAUAUAAUCCUUACAACAGACCAGCCCCCACGGGCCCGCCUGGAAUGCCACCAUCUGGACCACCACCUGGAGGUAUGGGACCUGGCGGUCCUCCAGGAGCUACCCACGGAACGACCGGCACCGCACUCCUCUGCUACCCGCCUCGAGACCUAUAG